AUGUCGAGGUCUUUUUUAGAGAACAAACGACUAGCCCAUGACGAAUUAUUCGCGCAGAGGAUGCUGCGAAAGGUUCGGCCUGGAAAACUAGAACAGUUUUCAACCGAUUUAUGUCUGAUCGCUCAUGGCAUCCGUUCUGCUUGCUUAGUGGACACGUUCACUGUGCAGGACCCCGUUAGCUUGUUUUCCCAUGUGCUGGCUGGCUUGCGGUCGAAGAAUGCAACUUUUGCUGACGUUGUCCAUUGGUACGAUCCUUCGUCACUUCAAUCGUUCAUCGUAAACUCUCGCAUACUGCGAGCCUUCGCUCGAACAUUGUUGGAGGACAAUACGGCGGUCACAUACGUUCUCCUUGAUACGUCCCCUACACUGCUGAAUAGCACGCCAACGACAGUGCUGGACGUUAUAUGCGCCAUGAAUGCAGACAUGCUAGAAUCUCAAGCCAAUGUCUCAUUUUCCUUCGUCGAUGGUUUGACACAGGACAAUCUUGUUCCUCUGGCUGCAACUUUGAUCGGUUAUCCAGUCGCAUAUGUUCCUAUCUCGGCCAAUCAGACCUCAUUUCUGAGCGGACAACCUUUGGACGUUUAUGAAGCAAUGAUUGUCCCAGCGACGUCAUGUACAUCUUCCUCACCAAGCUCUAAUCAGUCGCAUACUCUACUCAAGUUCUCCUGCCCGUGUCUACUUGCGGAGACGAACCCUGAAUUAUUUUCGGAACGCAUUACAAAACGCCUCCAAUCACAGUUUCGACAAAGCCUUUCUUCCAUUGGGUCGUCGCUCUUGGUUCAUCAUCACGUAGAGGUUAUGGACCGUGUCGCGCUUUAA